AUGUCCGCUUACGACCUUCAUGACCAUUCACCCCGUUCGUCUCUUGACUCGAACGACGACAUCAAACUAAACACAGUCGACGCGACAUCCAUGCCCCCGCAACCUUCACCUCCUGCGAUCCCCCCCUCCAUUCGACUUCUAUUUUCCUUCGUUCCACGACGGAAGCUUCUACUCUUGGUCCUUCCGGCUAUUCUCACUUCAAUCAUCGCUGGCGGCGUUGCUCCCUUUAUGACAUAUGUUGUCGGGCAAGCAUUCGACGCCUUCGCCAAAUUCCCCCUCACUCCUAAUCCUCCACAAUCUGCAAAAGACGAACUUCUUCGAGGUGUAGGGAUUGCUGCCCUCGAACUCAUUGGCUUGGCUGUUGGUGCUUUGGCCUUGAGCAGCAUUACAUCAAGUCUGUGGAUUUGGAUUGGCGAAACCAAUGUGAUGGGUCUGCGCAAGACUAUCUACACCUCCGUCUCUCAGAAAGAUCUCUCAUGGUUUGAUGGCCAUAUGGGAUCUGAAGAAGACGCUGGUGCUGGAGGUCUUAUGGCAAAAUUCUCUCGAGAAACUGACGAAGUUCGAAUGGCUUCGUCCCUUGCAUCAGGGAUGCUCAUUCAAUAUCUUACCACAUGCGUUACCUGCCUCAUCCUCGCAUUCAUGCGAUCCUGGGCGCUCACUCUGGUCAUCCUCUCCGCCCUACCCAUCCUUGUCAUUGUGCAAGGCCUUUCGCAAGGCCUGGCCGCCCCUCGGCUGGCUCACGAGCGCGAACAAACUGCUGUUGCCGCAACAAUUAUCGACCGCGCUGUUGCUGCGAUAUCGACAGUCAAAGCUUUCAAUGCUGCAAGCCUCGAACAGUCCCGCGCGAACGACCUCUUUGUGUCCCUUCGUCUGGCAGCGAAGAGUCUAAACAAGCUAUGGGCAAUCACAUCUGGUAUAUCACAGUUUGUGAUGAUGGCUAUGUUUGUGCAGGGGUUUUGGUUCGGCGCAAAGCUCGUUAGAGAAGGCAGGAUCAGUGCUGGAGACGUGAUGGCUGUCUUCUGGGCUUGCCUGAUUGCUUCGAGUAACCUUCAGAUGUGCGUUCCUCAAUUUAUUGUUCUUGCUAAGGGUAAGAUCGGCAUGGCCGCUCUUCUUACUCUUAUCGACUACAACCCCUCCGCUCCCCCUUCCCCUCGUAAAAUCAUUCCUACCAAGUUUUCCGGCGGCCUCGCUCUUUACAAUGUCACCUUCGCCUAUCCUUCCAGACCAACUGUACCCGUUCUUUCCGAUGUAUCAUUAUUCCUUCCCGCCAACGACACGACGUUCAUCGUUGGCUCCUCAGGAUCUGGGAAAUCCACCGUCACACAUCUUCUUUUGAAGAUGUACGAACCCCAGCAGGGUCUCAUGAACUUCGAUGAAUGGGAUAUGGGCCUUUUGGAUCAAACUUGGCUUCGUUCACACGUUGCGUGUGUUGGUCAACAAGGAGCCGCAGGCGUUGUCAUUUUCGAUGAGAAGAGCGUUUACGAAAACAUCGCAAUGGCGAUGCACGAUCAUCCGAACGGACCUCCAAGCCGGAGACAAGUGGAAGGUGCCUGCCGUGCUGCAUUGCUGCAUGAGUUCGUGCGAGAUCUACCUCAAGGCUACGAUACCCUUCUCGGUGGAGGUGCAGGCGUUGGUCUCAGUGGUGGGCAGAAGCAGAGGCUUGCGAUUGCACGGGCGUUGUUGCGGAAUCCAGCUGUUCUGAUUCUCGACGAGGCCACUUCCGCCCUCGACGCUACGUCACGCAUUCUCGUCUUCGAAGCUAUCAAGCGUUGGCGACACAACAAAACGACCAUUGUUAUCACCCACGACCUCUCCCAAAUCACCGCUCAGGAUUUCGUUUAUGUGCUUAAGGAUGGCCGCGUCGUCGAACAGGGGUAUAGGUCCGACCUUGAGGAAGUCAAGGCCGAUUAUGGUAGCGACCAGGGCGAGUUCAAAAAGUUGAUGGAUGCUCAACGCGAGACUGGUGGUUUCCUCCCCGAGAAAGACGACGAGGAGAAGCCUGUGCCUGCUUUGGAUCUACAGGAAGAGGCCGAUGAGAACAAAGACAAGGAAAUGCCACCGUACCUCAAGCACCAGAGCCUCGCCCUGCGACCAAUGACAUUCGGCGCGUGGAUGUUCGACGUUCUUGACGACCUCAUCGGUACUAAGCCCGCCAUCGCUGCCUCUGCCACCGUCCAUCCAUCCAACGAAACUCAGGAAAGUCUCGAAAAUCAACCACGACGCAAAAGGCGCCCAUCUUCGGCCAUGUUUCCUUCGGGUCUUCAGCUUCCAACUUCUCCUGAUUCCGCCCAUACGGUCAACACAAGACGAUACAGCCUCCCUCCUACUCCUACUUCCGCAACUUUUACUGCUUCCACCUAUCGGAUGUCGACGGCGACGGCGGCGACAGAUAGUGUGGAGGAACUCGAAUUCAAUUUGCAGAAGAAGACGAUGGAGAGGAGUGCUACCACCGCCCGACAAGUGAGGACUACACGGCUCACCCGCACACGGACCAAGUGGAACGGCAGCGACGCGAAUGCUCUCUCCCAUAUCAAGGUCGAGAAGUCUGCGGUGUCCGGCGGACCAGAAGAUCAAGACGCGGAGAGCGAAGAACCCCUCCCACCGUUCUGGGCGCUCAUGCGUAUUGCAUACAGGUCCAUCUCGCGCAAGCCUCUCCUGUUCUUCGGUCUCGUCGUUUGCGUAAUGAACGGAGCCAUGACCCCCAUCUUCUCCUACCUUCUCUCCCGCCUCUUGUACGAGGUCUCCAUUGGCGCUCAGGACCUCAACGCCAUCAACACUUACGGUGGACUCGUGCUAGGCGCAGCGGGUAUGGAGGGGUUCCUCCUCGGUCUGAAGUACUUUGUCAUGGAGACCGUCGGAAUCUCGUGGGUCACGUCGCUACGCAAGCGCGCAUUCGGAAAGAUCAUGUCGCAAGAUCGUGCAUGGUUCGACCUGUCCAAACACUCCCCCGCGCGCCUCGUGCAGAUUCUCGUCAAGGAUGGGGACGACGCGCGGGACCUCGUCGCUGUUGUGUGGGGUCAGAUGGUGGUUGUGGUCGCGAUGUUGAGCGUGGGUCUGGUGUGGGCGUUGGUCGCGGGGUGGCAGCUUACUUUGGCGGGCAUGGCGAUUGCACCGAUUUUUGCGGGUGUGAUGGCUAUCCAGACCAAGCUUGUGGCGAGGUGCGAGGUCAGGAACAAAAGAGCGAGGGAGGAAGUCGCGAGGGGAUACUACGACACGGUUAUCAACAUUCGAGGCAUUCGCUCCAUGUCUUUCGAUGGCGUGUUCAAGGCCCAAUUCGAUGCAUCCGCUGACAAGACUCUGGCGACUGGCAUUCGCGGCGGCUUUGUGGAAGGAUGCACGUAUGGUGUUGCGAGCGGCCUGAUCUACUUUGCUGAGGCAGCGUUGUUCUACGUUGGCGCUGUGCUCAUCGCAAACGGCACAUACUCUUACCUGCAAAUGGUUCAAGUCCUCAACUUGGUUGUGUUCACUGUUACAAUCGGCUCGCAGCUUAUGGGUUUCACUCAAAAGAUCGCGAAAGCCGUGCAAGCUACUGCCGACUUCAACAAACUCUCCAACCUCGAUACGGUUACUCAUGAAUCGUACGGCACGCUUUGCACUGACCUCUCCGGCAACAUCAACCUCAACGCUGUUAGCUUCACCUACCCAUCCCGCCCUCUGGCUCCCAUCCUCAAGAACGUCGAUCUCCGCAUUCGCGCAGGCGAGUGUGUCGCCAUCGUCGGUCCUUCAGGAAGCGGCAAGUCGACCGUCGCCUCACUCCUUCAACGCCUCUACGAGCCAACUUCCGGUUCGGUCACCAUCGGCGGCGUCGACACGCGUUUCAUGGACGUUGGAUACCUUAGAGAUCACGUCUCGGUCGUCAGUCAGCAACCUCACCUGUUCGACGCGAGCAUCUCGGAUAACAUCCGCUACGGCCACCCGACGAUUUCAGAGGUCGACAUCCGAUAUGCUGCAAAGAAGGCAAAUAUCCACGAGUUUAUUAUGGGUCUGCCGCAAGGGUACGAUACCCACGUUGGAGAGAACGCGUCUCUUAUCUCGGGUGGUCAAGCCCAACGACUGCAAAUUGCCAGGGCGUUGGUACGGCCAUCGAACAUUUUGAUUUUGGACGAGUGCACGUCGUCGCUGGAUACCGAGAACCAGGCGGCGGUGCUCGAGGCUAUCUACAGCGUCAAAGAAGAAGGCGGGCGGACGACGAUCAUGAUCACGCACAAUUUAGAGGCGAUGAUGAUGUGCGACCGCAUUGUUGUCGUGCAAGACGGCGAGGUUGUGGAAGAAGGUUCCUAUGACUGGCUCAUGGAACGCAAAGGCGUGUUUGCUAGUCUUGCACGCGGCGGCGAGUGGAUUGGGUGA